AUGAGGGAAAGGGGGAGAGGCUGCUGCAUCCUCAUCACAUCCUGUGUCUCCACUCCAGCCGCUCAGGCUUCUCUCCUGGGCUACCGAGCUCUGGGCGGGCUGAAGGACCAUGGCCGCACCCCUGUCUGCCCUUCUCUGUUUUGGGCUGUGCCUAGGGCAGGUGGUGGAAACUCAGCAUGGCCUGCUGCCCAAGCCCUCCCUUCAGGCCCGGCCUAGCUCCCUAGUGCCACUGAGGACGCCGGUUACCAUCCACUGCCAGGGGCCUCCGGAUGUGGACCUCUACCGUCUGGAGAAGCUGAGGUCCAACCACUACCAGGAUCAGCCUGUCCUCUUCAUCUCAUCCAUGGAGGAACGUUUCGCAGGGUGCUACCGCUGCACCUACCAGAAUGGGAGCCUCUGGUCUCCCCCCAGCGACCGGCUGGAGCUGGUCGCUACAGGAGUUUAUCUCAACAAGCCCUCGAUCUCAGCCCAGCCCAGCCCAGCUGUGUCCCCAGGAGGGAAAGUCACUCUGCAGUGUCGAAGCCAAUUCAGUUUUGACCAAUUUGCUCUGUACAAGGAAGGGGACGCUGGGCCCCAGAAGGGAUCUGAGAAGCAGUACGGGGCUGACUUCCCCAUCACCGCAGUGACUGCUGCACACAGUGGGACCUACCGAUGCUACAGUUUUUCCAGCAAGCUGCCGUACCUGUGGUCGGCCCCCAGCGACCCCCUUGAGCUUGUGGUCACAGGGACUUCUGUGACCCCCGCCUGGUUACCCACGGAACCACCUUCCUCUGUGACAGAAUUCCCAGAAGCCUCCAGGAAACGGAGCAUCUCACUAGUCAACAAAAGCUCUACAAUCAAGUCUUCUAGGACUAUCACCAUCUCUGGAAAGAGGCCAGAGUCUCCAAUUGUGUCUUCUAGUACUACCACUAUCUCUCCAAAGAGGCCAGAGUCUCCGACUGAGUCUUCUAGGACUAUCAGUAUCUCUCCAAAGAGGCCAGAGUCUCCAACUGGUCUUGCCCAGCAAUACUACACCAAGGGCAAUCUGGUCCGCAUAUGCAUUGGGGUUGUGAUUCUAAUACUCCUGGUGGGGCUUCUGGCAGAAGAUUGGCACAGCAGAAAGAGACCCCUGCCAUACAGGGUCAGACCUAUCCGCAGGCCACUCCCACCCCUCCCACAGACCCAGAGACAACACAGUCGUCAGGAUGGGGGUCAACCAGGUGGCCAUAACCAUGGGCAUCACAAUUAGAACUCCAAGACUUGGUUGUAGCUACGAGAUAAGAGAUGUAAAACCAUGUGUGGAGUGUAUGGAAUGUAGGAGCAAGAGGAGAGGGGUUAUGACUACAGAGAAGGAGGACCUUGGGGCCUCUCCUUGGUGUCCCAUCAAGGACCUGUUGAGCCAGUGUCUAUUUGGCUUCCAUCUAAGGACUCCUCUCAUUUGGGAUGGGAAGUAUCUAGUGGAUGCCAGUGUCUCCUCACUCACAUCUUGCACAUUGUGGAUCUUGUAGCACCCUAACUGGACCAUCAUAAUGACCUCUUCAACCUUCCUUAAUUCGUGUUUGUUAUUGACUUUUGUAUCACCAAGUCUCAUAGCUGACCCCAUUCUAUGCUUUGCAUAAAACUCUCCCACACUU